AUGUGCAAACACAUCCUCAACGCACAAGUAUCGAUUCGGGCACCUUGUUGUCAGAAGUUUUUCGACUGUCCAGAAUGCCAUGCGGAAUCACAAGAUCACAUGCUCCGCAAAACGAUCGAGAUGGCGUUCAUCUGCAAGAAAUGCCGCAAAGCCUUUCGCAAAGAUCUGACGCAGUACGAAGAGUCGGAUGAGUUCUGUCCACAUUGCGAUAAUCAUUACGUGAUCGACGCCAAAACACCGCAGGCAGUUCUUUCGGUGGAAGGCGAAGACGCGCGUGUCGACAAUCGCAUGUUGCGCGACGAUCGCAUCAAGUACGAUCCGAGAAAGGACUUCUACUACCGCCGUGCUGCGGCGCAGGAGACGGAAAGAAUCGAUGAGGGAGGCUGGUUACAAGCGAUCAAGGAUCGAGCCGCAGGCAAGUUAGGUCCGGAUGGUCUACCGAUCGAUGCGCAAGGUCCGAUGGGUGCAGAUGGCAAACCAUUGCUGGAUGCGUCUGCGUUGGAUGUGGGCAUGUCAAGCAGGAAUCCACAGUGGAAUAAGUUCAACGAUGAUGAUCUGGACUGGUCGUAG